AUGACGUCUCAUCUGGUUGCAAUUGCGAAAGCUACUUUCUCGGCUGGGCUUUUGCGAUCAGAUCCCACAUCCGUGCACCGCGAUGAGAUCGCCGUUUUCCAUAACGCCCUCGACAAGGCGCUGGCACAAUGCUCUCCAGGAAACAUCCAGAAUUGCAAAUCGUGGCUUUUGAAAAAUGUCAUCCCCUCUGCAGCAAGAAUCGGGGCUCUAGGCAAAUACCUUGUCACUCUGUCUGGAUCCUUCGAUCCUAGUGAUAAAAAACCCACAGUUGAUGGACAGCCCGUGGUUGAAACCUCGAAAACCUCUUCAAAGCGGAAACGAUUGCAUAUCCUGUAUUUAUUAAACGACCUGUUGCAUCACACUAAAUAUCAUGAACAAACGACGUCGUCUUUUUCAAGUUUCAGCGGUUCAAUUCAGCCAUUUUUAGUGGAGCUUAUCAGCUUCGCAUCUGGUUAUGGUCGCGAGGAAAACCCAAAACACCACAAGCGAUUGGACGAGAUUCUCGAUAUAUGGGGUAGCAAUGGCUACUAUAGUAGCGAUUAUAUCAACAAACUUCGCGAGACGGUGUAUAAUUCAUCUUCUCCCGAUGCGCUGAAUUCAAAAUCUGCCCCCAAGGGAUCCCAUUCUGAUACUCCAAUCAAAGCUGUUUUGAGAGAUGCUCCCUAUAUAAUGCCAGCGACACACGGGGACCUUUCCACGCCCUAUCACGAACUACCUGCGGGAAAUUUAAUGCCCCUUAUAAUUCCAAACUCCACCGUUCCGAUUAGACCGCAUGCAGUCAAGCCUCUUCAGUUCCUUGCGGGGCCCGCUGAUGAAUCUCUGGUGUCGGCUGUGAAGAACUUCUUAGAUGAUGUGGACAAGAUAUAUAACUCCAAUAGUGAUAUGUUGGCAGAUGGACAUGAGGUGGACAUCGAUGAGCUUGGUCAGGUUGUUGUCCGUGACGAAAUGACUGGAGAAAUCAUCGAUGGAGAAACAUACUAUGGUUGGUCGCGCUCGUUCUGCGAGAAAAUGAAAAGGAGACAAGACAGAUUCGGGAGUAGGAAUCGAAGUCGAAGUCGCAGCCGCAGCCGGAGUUAUGAUACAAGGAAGCGGCGACGAUACAGCGAUAGCAUCAGCAGUGAUGAUAGGGAAAGAUCAAAAUCACCAGGCUCAUCGAUAUCUCCCCAUCGUAGUCGAAGCCGCUCUAAUUCGCGCUCCAUUUCGCGAUCCCGAUCUCGCACUGCCCCACGACGUGCCGGACACCGUAGAUCAGGUACAAGAUCAAAAUCAUACUCUCCUCGCCCGUUAUCUCCGCCACGUUUUCCACCCCAGCAACAAAGUCCACCCUUCCCGCCGCCUCCAGGAGCAACUCCGCAUAUUCUGCCUCCACCCACAAUCCCCUACCCAUUCAAUGGAACCCAACAAUUUCCUCCCCCACACCCAACAGUCCUGGGUUCAGGAGGCAUGUUUAUUCCCCCACCUCCGCCAAAGCCAUCAGGCUAUCUUGGACCCUGGCCACCUCCACCCCCACCCCUUCCGCCCUCACAGCAUCCUGGCGCACCGCCACCGUUCCCACCACAUUUACCACCCAUGAGUGUGGAUAUGAACUUUCCGGGCUUCAAUAAUCCAGCCGCGUUCCAACACCAAGCCGGGCCCGGGGGGCCGCAGUUCUCUGCCCAUCCACAUCCGCCACCACCUCCACCAUCUGAUCAACAGUUACAUCCCGGAUCAUACCAUUUCCCGUCUCCGCAUGUGGGACAGGGACAAGGGCGUGGAACCCCUCCCAGUCAUUGUGGAGAUGCGAAUGGUUCUGGUGGUGGUCGGGGAGGUAGCUCUGAUGUAAGGGGUGGUUGGGGUAGAGGAGGAUGGUAUUGA